AAACCCGAACCAAGGAGUCGCCUUCCUCUUCCUCCUCCUCGGCCUACCGCGCGGCGGCGACAUGGCGGCGGGCGGCGACCUGACCGACGAGGAGCGCAAGGCGCUUCGGGGGAGCAAGUUCGCGCCCCUCCCGGCGCCCCCGCCGUCCUCCCGCCCCAACCCGAGGACGGCCCAUCCUGGAGGACCACUAACUACAAACAAGGCUGCUGCUUUAGCGAAAUUCCUGGAGAGGAAACUUCAGCAACCUGAUGGGUUGGACUCUCUGAAUCCUGAUCUUGUAAAUUUGGCUGUGAAAAAUGCAAAGGAAACCAUAAAGGCAAGCAAGGGUGAGGCCUCCACUUCUGGGAGAGUAGUACGGCAUGUACCAUCAUUUGAUGAUUCCUCCGAGGUUUCUAAUCAAGAUGACGGGGAGCAGAGAAAGGAAAAGAAGAAAAAGAAAAAGAAAAGGAGGAAAACAAAGGCCGCUAAAGAUUCUAAGCUCCACAAUACAUCAAAGAAGAAAAAGAAGUUAUCGCUAUGACUCCUGAAUCUCCAUGGGACUAUGGAGUUAAACGAAUGCAUCACUUUUGCACCCCUUGGAUCUCUUGGUUUCAUCUGAACCUCAAUCCGCACUGUAAACCUAGCAAUGGCAUCCUCAAGGGGGCCCCUCACAGUGAACAAAAACACUUGGGAACCCCAGAGUGCAAAGCUGAAUGUAGUCGGUUCCAGUCUAACGGUUCCGGUACCAUUGAGUUCCCCGGAAACAUCGAUCUAUCUGCACUUCAUUGUUGUUGUCGAAUGCUGUUUACAACAUGAUGCAGCUCGCUAUCUGCUUGAGGUA